AUGCCGCCGCCGCGUGUGAACUGGGUAACAUACAACAACGCCACGAACCGCCAGUGCUGGAACAAUGGUCAUAGCAUUUUUGAGGACUUCGACCUCUCAAAUCCUAUCACUCGAAAGACCGUCACAUAUAAUCUCGAUAUCACGAAUACGACAUGUAAUCCGGACGGGCAUGGGGAGAUUGAGUGUCUGCUGGUGAACGGGCAGUAUCCUGGGCCGACAUUGACAGCGAAUUGGGGCGACUACAUGAUCGUCAACGUCCAGAACUCCAUGCAAGACAAUGGCACAACAAUUCACUUCCAUGGCGUGCGCCAAUUCCACUCCCCUGGCUCCGACGGCGUGCCCGGCCUGACAGAAUGCCCCCUCGCACCGGGCCAAUCCAGGACAUACGCCUUCAACGUCACGCAGUUCGGCAGUAGCUGGUACCACUCCCACUACUCGUCUCAGUAUGGAAGCGGAGUCGUCGGCACGAUUGUGUUUGAGGGACCGGCGAGUGCCAACUAUGAUGUCGAUUUGGGGGUUUAUCCCCUGAAUGAGUGGUAUUAUGUUGGGGCUUGGGCGGAGAAUGCGCUUGCAGCGCAAGAGUUGCAGAGCUUCGGGGCACCACCGAACCCGGACAACAUCUUGAUCAAUGGGACGAAUAAGGACAAAGAUGGGAACGGGCAGUAUAGCCAGGUGCCGAUCGCAAAGGGCAAGACAUAUCGCCUCAGACUCAUUAGUAUUGCGUUGGAUAACUAUAUCCGCGUGAGCUUGGACAACCACAAGAUGCUCAUCAUCGCCGCGGAUUUCGUUCCUAUCAAGCCGACUACGGCGGAAUGGAUUCUGCUAGGCGCUGGUCAACGCUACGACGUCGUCAUCACCGCCAACCAAGCUGCCGGCUCGUACUGGUUCCGUGCUGAAGUUGCUACAGAGUGCCUCUCAGGCAACAACUUUUACGGCCGCGCGAUUUGGACCUACUCGUCUGUCCAGCCCUCUACGCCUAGCUCUUCUCCUUGGCCAGAGCCGUCUGACUGUCUGGAGCCCUCACCCCUGACCCCUUUCUGGUACCAACCUGUCCCUUACCAACCGGCGCUCGGCAACAUGAACGUGGACCUGACCAAGGCCGUUAUCACGCCUGACGGCUCCAACAUGGUUGUCUGGGCCCUCAAUCGUAGCAUCGACAUUAGUUGGAUGUAUCCUACCAUGACAUACCUGCUGAACGGCAGCAUCACGAAUCAGAACCUCAACACGUAUCCAUUCCCUGAGAACCUUAACGUUGUUCCUGCCACAAGCGAAACGCAUUGGAAUUACUGGUUGAUCCAGCAGAGCGGUAACGCGAGUCUGGAGCCUGCGGCGGCGGCGAAUGUGUUGGAGCAGAUUGUGCAUCCGAUCCAUUUGCAUGGGCACGAUUUUUAUGUCCUCGGGCAGGGUACCAAUUCGACGUAUAGCGGCACAUCGCAGCUGAACUUCAAUACGCCCACCAGGAGGGAUACGGCGAGUUUGUAUGGAAAUGGCUGGUUGGCUAUCGCUUUUGAGUCGAAUAACCCUGGUCCAUGGCUCAUGCACUGUCACAUAGCAUGGCAUAUCAGCGAGGGACUGGGGAUGCAAUUCCUCGAAUCACCGAGCCAGGUAACAUUGCCAGACCGCACAGCUUACGACCGAGAGUGUUCGGCUUGGGACGAGUACUACGCUACAGCAUAUUACAAGAAGACAGAUUCGGGGUUGUGA